AUGGGGAACUGCUGCUCUGACGAGGCCGGCGGCAGGUCGGCGUUUGGCGGUACUGGUGCUUCGGCUACCGGCGGCGGUGCUAAUGAUGCCGUUGAUGAGUUCCUCAGGUACCGCGGCUUCCAGGGACUCUUCUCUCAGAUCGAGUUAUCUUUUUCUGCAACCAACUUGCGCGACCGGGAUAUGAUUUCCAAGAGUGAUCCUAUGAUGGUUGUCUAUACGAAAGGAAGAGAUGGAGCCCUUACUGAAGCUUUCCGUACCGAGGUAGUGCUCAAUUCUUUGAAUCCGUCAUGGAUCGCAAAAUAUACAGUCACAUUCCAGUUUGAAGUUGUUCAAACUCUGUUGUUUCGCGUAUAUGACAUUGACACUCAAUUUCACAACGUGGAUGUUAAGACGCUUAAGCUAGAGGAACAACAAUUUCUUGGUGAAGCCACAUCCAUAUUGUCUCAGAUUGUGGCCAAGCCAGACAGGACCUUGACCUUAAAUCUUGUACAAAUAGAAGAUCUAGGCCAUCCUCGAAGCAGUGGACAGCUUAUUGUGCAUGCUGAGGAAUGCAUUAGCUCAAAGACUACUACAGAGAUGACAUUAAGGUGUUCAGACUUGGAAAGCAAGGAUCUGUUCUCAAAAAGUGAUCCUUUUCUGUCAAUAUCAAGAGUUACUGAGGGUGGGAUGCCAGUUGUUGUGUGUAAAACAGAGGUGAUAAAGAAUGAUCACAACCCUAUCUGGAAACCAAUUUCCUUGAACAUUCAGCAAGUUGGAAGCAAGGACAGUCCAUUGCUCAUACAGUGCUUUGACUUCAAUAGUAGUGGCAAACAUGAUUUGAUUGGACAAGUUCAAAUCUCACUAGCAGGGUUGGAAAAGCUUUGUUCUAGCCAGGAAGGACUUUAUUUGUCUUUUCUAGAAGUUGGGCAUAAUCGAAGUACUAAGGUGCUUAAGAGCCAGCUUUGCGUGGACAAGUUCUCAGAGAGUAUACAACAUACCUUUCUUGAUUAUCUGAGAGGAGGAUAUGAACUGAACUUCAUGGUGGCUGUUGAUUUCACAGCUUCAAAUGGCAAUCCUCGACUCCCUGAUUCUUUGCACUAUAUCGAUCCCUCCCACAAUAUGGAUCUGUUAACUCGGCCAAAUGCAUACCAGAGAGCGAUCUUGGAGGUUGGAGAGGUGUUGCAGUUUUACGAUUCAGAUAAACGAUUUCCUGCCUGGGGAUUUGGAGCACGGCCAAUUGACGGUCCUGUCUCUCAUUGCUUUAACUUGAAUGGCAGCAACUACAACCAUGAGGUGGAGGGGCUCCAUGGAAUUUUGAUGGCAUAUUCAAGUGCUCUCUACAAUGUUUCUUUUGCAGGGCCCACCCUUUUCGGGCCUGUUAUCACUAAAGCCGCAACCAUAGCGAGCAAAUCCCUUGAAAAUGGAGGGAGAAAGUACUACGUUUUGUUGAUCAUUACGGAUGGGGUCAUAACGGAUCUUCAAGAGACGAAAGAUGCCAUAGUGCAAGCAUCCGACCUUCCGCUCUCCAUCCUUAUUGUAGGCGUUGGAGGAGCUGACUUCAAAGAAAUGGAGAUUUUAGACGGUGAUAAAGGAGAAAGACUUGAAAGCACAACCGGUCGCGUUGCUACACGUGAUAUAGUUCAGUUUGUACCAUUGCGGGAUGUACAGAAUGGAGGAGGGAUCUCUGUUGUCCAAGAACUUCUAGCAGAACUACCCAGCCAGUUUUUAACCUACGUGCGGGCCAGAAAGCUUCAGCCACAUUCUUGA